AUGACGGCUCCUGUUCAACUCGUCGAGAAAGCAUCCCGUACUUGCACCCGAUGUCGCGUCCGCAAACAGCGGUGCGACCGGUUGUUACCAGGAUGCUCUCGAUGUACCCUGAAGCUGGUACGAUGUGACUACUCCGCGACUCCAAACGGUCAUUCCUGCGUGGAGUUAAUGGGAUCCCUUGUUGAGUUUGGGACUUGUGGCUGGGACUUGACACUUUUGGGGCAGAGCGAACUCAUGAAGCUCGCCAUGAACGAUCCUGUUGAUCGACACUGGAGCAUUGGAAACAAGCCUCUUGAAAAGUUGAGCAAUAUCCUCUCUAAAGUCAAUCUCACGCUUCCUAGUCUUGUCGAAGACUACACACGUUCAAUUCAUAACUGGUUCCCUAUCGUCAACCUUGAUCAAUUACGACUCCAUAUCAACAACCCAUCGACGCCUAGCACAGAGACAUCAACGACCUUGCUAUCUCUAGCUAUGUUACUCGUCAUCACUACUCCGUGCGGUCAUAUCGAGCACUUGAGUCAGAAAAGAUUGUACAUGACUCUUCAGUGUCUUUGCGCGGCCUUGCAAUCCCGAAACGACAUCGGAGUUCCUCUUGUUGAAGCAAAAUCUCUCAUGACACUCUACGAGUGCGGUCAUGGGAUGAUAAGACAAGCAUAUUUGACUCUGAGCUCGACAGUGGCCAUGACAAGUCUGCUUGAUGCUGAUGCAGAGGACUCGGAGGGACAAAUACACUUGGAAGUGUGUUUGAUGAUACUUGAUCGAUUAAUCGUUCUUUCAACUAUCCACGACACCUUGCCCCCACUUUGCCCGGCAUCCAGCACCUUGAGUACUCGAGCCCGUGCGUAUCUCAACUCUCCCAUCAUGGAGUCUUUGCCACUUGACCCAAUCUCCCAGAGAGUCCGCUCAAUGGGACAGGUGGUGUUGCUCGCUGGACGAGCCAUAGAGUAUCUACAAGGCUCUAAGUUGGGAAUCGGGACCAAAGACGACUAUGAUUCAAUUGACAGUGACCUUGAAAGCAUGCUGGAUUAUCUGCUCUCCCACAAUGACAGUUACUCUGGAUCAUACUGCGACCCUACGACUAUGGCACUCUGCUGCCUUUUCAUCAUCCGCCGAGAGCGCGUGAGAGAACUAAAGACUCAACCUGGUUCCAAAGCGGACCUAGCUCUGCAGGCCUGCCGUCGCAUGCUCUGGGACACAUGCAGAGAAUCCCUUGAAAGUAACAAGGGCGCUGAUGUGAAUCGACUGUCCUUGGUUAGUAUUUUUUGCGUGUUUCACUGUGUAUCCGCACUAGUAAACGAUACGGGAAGCGCCCCUGCCUCCGACGAGAUUGCUCAGCUUGCCCCAACACUACGCAUGUUUGCACAGAGAUGGACGGUAGGAUACAAGUACUUGGGGAAGUUUGCCGUUGGGAUCUAG